AUGAACUAGGCGUAUUCAGUAGGUUUACAAAAUGGCUACGGCCUCCAUGUUUGUGUUUUAUUUUGACAGUCAUGAUUAAAGAUUAGUAAAGUAGAUAAGCAUAUAUUUUAUGUAAGAUCACCACGCAAUAUCAUAAAUGUUUGUCGAUUUAUUUGGAUUGACAUACGUUGUAACAUUGUUAGGCUGAUGGAUUAAAGCGAAACAGAAAGUUUUUCUUACAUCAAGAGACGGUAUGUCAGACAGAGCAGAGUUGAGGAACCCUCUCUAUAGAAACUGGGUCCGGGCAUCUCUUGGUCUAAAGUAUUUGCAACAAGGGUUAGCAGGCUUUGUCAGCAACCUUUCAGAUCAACGUCAUCAGUCUCACCUAUAUAGCUAUCGUAAGGUCACGGGAUCCCCUGCACCUUCUUGUACCGACUGUACCGCCGACAAUCUACUACCAGAACAUCCGAGGAAAACCUGCAUUCAAAAGUAUCGGUCUAAAUGCUUCUGUAACAGCCCAGCAGGAAGACGAUCAUGUCCAAAUAACUUCUGCAGUAGAUUUUAUGAUUUGAUUGUUCUCGAUCAUGAUGAAAGGAAUCCAGUUUGGACCAAUACCAACCCAAGUUGUUGGUACAGGAACCAUUGGUCAUUUGCACGAUGUUUCCUUGCCACAGCAGGGUACUCUGACAAACAAUUAGCAGCAGAUACUGACGCAGCCGGCCUCUUGUCCAUUCUCAUCAACAAUGUAGAAUUCCGAGCUUCUCUGGACAGUGUCUGUAAUUUCGAAAAGGCAAGGAACACUCGAAAUGAUGUUGUACAUACAGCUACGUUUGAAAUUGAAGAUAAAGAACUAAUUCCAAUCAUAGACCAGUUUAUUGAAAUAUUGCAAGAUAAGAAAUCACUGAUCAAUGACGCUGGUGCCCAGCAAGCUUGUUUUCAUCUUGAAAAGCUAAGAAAGGACGAAGUUAACAUCAGUUGUCAAAAAGCCGAAGAGCUGCGUAAAGAAGCUAUGGAAGCCAUUGCAGAAAAGAAAGAGGAAGCCCUGAGAGACAUUGAUAAAAAAACACUCGAGAGUCUCCAGGAUAUUGCAAAGGCAACAACUCAGAAUCAAAAGAUCCUUGCGACUACGCAGACUCAAACUGUUGAAAAUCCUACAACAUUGUCUGAUAAAGAAAAGCAAGAGCUGCAGAGCUAUUUAAUAGACCUGUAUCGUAAGGAUUAUCUGAAGACUGAUCUUUCUCCACUUCUGCCUGAGGUAGAGAUUGAUGUGGAAAAAGUAUAUGUUCCUUUGAAAAUGGAACGACGUAGAGGUAACAGUGCUGAAACAACAUACAUACACUCGUUGGACGAGUUAUUUUAUUGCGACGAUGAACAGGCAAAAACAAUUUACAUUUCCGGAGACGCUGGAAUAGGCAAAACAACAUUUUGUCGAAAACUGAUCUUGGAAUGGUGUCGUGCUCACUCCAUGUCUUCGCACAUUUUUAAUUCUAUUUCCUCUGAGAAUACACAACAGGAAACAGAUGCAUUCGCAAGUAUUACUUCUCAGGAAAAUAAAGCGGAUCAUAUUGGAUCUAACUACGACAAAAACUCUACACGAAGGAGAAGUGACAGCUCCGAUGAAAGUGAUUAUUUCUUGUAUGAAUCAGACGAUAACUUAUUUGAUAGUGCGAACAGUUCUGGGAGUAGCAGUCCUGUAUUAACGGAUGAGGAAAUUGUAGCAGACGUUUAUGAUAUAGCUAAAACAUUUGAGACAGCAGUUAUUGAUAAAGAUAAAUCCACAGUUAUGAAGCAGUUUAUUUUUUUGUUUUUUAUUUCCCUUCGAGAUACUUACAAAGAACGGUCAGUUGAAGAGAUGGCACAAAAUCAGCUACUUAAAACAAAGAAAAUGAGAGAACUUUUCAAGAUUCUGGUAGCAAAUGAGCCAGAGAACAUGUUGUAUAUUUUAGACGGAUUAGAUGAAUGGGCACCCCCAACUCCAUUACCAAAGCAUCCGAACGUUACCAAAGGUUUGCCAUUGAGUUCGUGUGAGGGAAAAUUUACAAUUCUCUUUACAAGUCGUCCUUGGAAAGUUGAAACGUUAAGACCUAAACUAGGAGAAUACGAUUUUGAUGUAAACAUUCUAGGAAUUGAAAAGACAGCUUCAAAAGAUCUGGUUUGGCUGAUCUUCGAAGAAAUAACUUCGGACAAAGAUGAGAUUGAUACCAGCGCUGUUCUGUUCUUGCAAGAAGUGGAGAAAAUGAAUAUAGAAUGCCUUAGUUCUGUUCCCCUACUCCUAAAGCUGCUUGUCUGCCUUUGGGAAAAAGAUCAUGAGCUAGCUGACAGUCAGACCGGAAUUUACAGUUCUAUCAUAAGCAAGUUGUGCUCUUUGGCUAUCAAGCGAAAUUCAGACAAUGAUAAAUUUCAAAGCUGGAUAUCACAACUAGAGGGAAAAAACUGCACAUUUCCCCCCAGCCUUUACAAACACCCAGUCUUGCUGAAGUUUUCUGCGUUGAUGUAUACUCUUGGCAAGCUUUCAUUCGAAAACAUUUCUCCAAACAUCCAAGGUGGAGCUCUGGUAUUCAAAGACAAAGACUUAACGGAUCACGGGGUAUCUGAAGCUGAAUAUGAAUUGAGUUUGAUGAUCGGUUUGUUAUCACAAAAGAAAGUUAUUGGAAGUUUAAAAAUGUCUCCUACUCGAUGCAUCAGUUUCAUGCACAAAACGUUUCAAGAAUAUUUUGCAGCAUUAUAUAUUUCAAUGGUAUUUCAACAGAAUAUGACAAUAGUAGAAAAAAUGCGAAAAUAUUUUUCCUCUUCUGAAACCAUUAUUCAUGUGUUAAAAGUUUUAACAUUUGUCAAAGAAAUGUGUCCAGCACUUACUGACAAGGUUACUGAACAAAUAGACAUACACGAAAAAGACUUUAUAGUAACCAUUGAACGAAGUAAAUUGACUCUGCAGACGAACAUGAAUAACAAUACUAAACUCGUGACUGAAUUUUUUAUGACAUAUCAGAUACGUGAUAUUUCAGUAAAAUCAUCCGAUUUUGGUAAACAUGCUCUUCAUUUUCAAAUGGAAAUGAGAAAUCUUCAAGUUUUAGAAUUACACUCCGUUAAAAUGACACCUUCCGCAUUUAAACAGAUGUUAGAAUGUUUACCAGAAACAUCAAACGGUGUAUUUCUGAAAUUAUGCCAUGUCGUUGUAAAAAACCCACGUAGCGGGGAUGCUAACGUCCAUGUUUCAGUUACAUUAAAUAAUCUUAAGUCUAUUGAAAUAGAUUUUAUGAAUAUGUGUGGGAUAGAGGUACAGUUUUCAGAACACAUGAAAACAAUGGACCGUGUUAAGUAUCAUGAUGUCGAUAUGAAUGAAAAAGAGCUUGAACAAUUGUUGGAGCAUAUUCCUGAUUCAGAUCAAGAUAUUUUUCUCAUAUUGAGCGAACUACGUCUUAAAAAUGUCAUUAAUGUGGACAGUAAUACUCUGAUAAAGAGAGUAAAACAAAGUUUAAAUUUUAAAGAAUGUCCUUUUGAAACGGAACAUUUCAGAGGUGUUACUUUCUACUGGUCGAAAAAGAAACUAACUUGUAAGUAUAUAUGGUUUUCUGAAGCUGCGACUCCUGUGGAUGACCUAUUUUCAUUAAUGAAACAUGUUAUACUAGAUGUUACAACUGUUGUCCGAAUAAAGACUGGUGACUCUUUUCAGAAUACAACAUUACAUUAUCGCGAAUCCGAUCUUGUCGUCAUUUGGCUAGGUACUGAACUGUGUAUAACCGCAUUGAUGCUAACAUACAUAAAAAUUAAGGACAAUGAGUUAUGCGAACUGUUACAAAACGAGAAGCUGGACCGGCUCAUAUCAUUAGAACUUAAUAAUAUUACUGUAACGCAUACGUCAAGUCAUACACAGCAGUUAGCUCUGGCAUGUAAAACAUUAAAGAUUCAUCGGGGAAAUAUUUUCAGCAAUAUAACAAUACGAGUUAGCAAGGCAGUGUCGUCCAUUUUUGUAACAGAUGUUACUAUGACAUUAAAAUGCUUUGAACUAUUAAGUGAUACAAAAAGAGAUCAUUGUCAAUUUGAAUUUAAAAAUGUAUUAUUUACAAACAUCUUACACUCUAUACAUGAUUCCAGCAAGAAACAAACAAAUAUGCAAGACGCAGAAUCCCUGGCCAUACUUCGGAGAGAUAGAGCAAAAAUAGAAAAUGAUUUAAACGAAACACUUGUGAGGAUUUUAUUGGACAGCAACAUUGAGUCAUUUGUACUCGACAACACUACUUUGACGUGUAGCUCAAGACAUAUUGGAUUAAAAGAAGUAGUCCUACAUCAUUCUAGAUUUUGGGCUAAUCCGAAAGGUAGAAACAUGUAUCUAAAACGAGUCUCUUCGACAGAAUCGACCUUAUGUUUGUUUUUUAACUCCAGUUCAAUACAACGUUUUCAACACAGAUUGAUAUUGGAUACAAUCACUGUUACAGAUGCCUCAAAGGGAUUAGCAGGAAAACAGUUGGCUGUAGCAGUUCGUGAUCUAACUAUUAAACAAACAAACCUUAAUAAAAUCAUCCUAAGACGCCUAUCUGCAAUGAUGGAUGUUUGCCUCGAAGAUGUAACUUUGACAGUUACUGCUUUCCGUGCUUUACUUGAGCGUCCAGAUGUUGCACAUAAACAUGAAAAUAUAUCAUCAAUUGUUCUAAACAAUAUCACUUUAGCAGAAACAAAUAAUACAUACGAAGUGGUAAAAUAUGACUGUUCGAACAACCUAACAAUUAAAAAUACGAAUCUUUUAGACGUAUCUAUAAUUUUUAGUCCAAAAGAGCGUUUUCAUUUUCUGAGAUCAAUGCAGUCACACACAGCUAAAAUACUUCUUGAAGAUGUUACUAUGACUGAGGAAGCUUAUCGCCAAAUGCGACGAAAUGUAUGGUAUUUGACAUUAUCACGUUUUUCAGAAGAACUAGAUGAUCAUAAUAUGGAAUAUUCUACGGUUGGUUCAGUUAAACGUAAAACUAUCAAGCGGAUGUCAUUUUCCUGACGGGUGAAUUAACCUAUCGGUUCGACAAAUAUGUGAAAUUCUUCAUUUCAUCUGUAUCGGGUUAACAAUGAUAGAGCAAAUUUAAAAGAACAACAUUUUAUACAAAACCUGUAAAAUCGUGAACAAGAUAUCAGAUCUCUUCGAAAAAUUCUUUUCAUUCCUUCUUGAAAUUGAAUAAUGCAUUUAAAGGCACUGGCCUCCAGAUUUUGGCUAAAAAAUUAAAAUUAAAGUUUGGUCAUAUUAUGAACACUAGAAUAGAAGUUGUUAUUUCUAACCUAUCUAAAAAUAACUACUCAAGAAAAAAGAUGCUAUCACCAGGAAAAGAACCGAACCGCGGCGGCAAUAAAAGCUUUUCCGCUGUCUUUACAAAACUGCCACUGAGGACUUUAUGUUAAGCGCGUUAAAUACAGAUGUUUACAGUGAAGACAGUUUACCUCGAAUAAAGCAUUACAGCGCUUUUUCGAUUUUAGUGAACAAAAUAGCAAAAACAACUAGUUUUCAUGUGUUUCCAUUACAUAUAGUAUCAGUGGUUAAACUUGGGAAGGGCUGACUUCUAAUGUUGCAAUAACUUGUAGCCCAACCCAUUUGCUUUUGUUACUUAUUAUGUAUAUGUGCUAUGUAUUAUGUGUUCAAAAGCAAUAAAAUAUUAUUAAAUCAAGUGGUUAAACUUCAAGGCUUUCUAAAUAUAGCAUUUUUUCCCUGAUACGAUCUGGAGGCCAGUGCCUUUAAGUGAUUUUACGUUAUACAGUCUUGAAUUCAUUACAACUUGAAUCACAAAUUUGCUGUCGUAUGUACCUUUGCCGUGAAGGGAUGUGCAGAUGGAUAUAUCUACUUCUAUGUGAGGCAAAGAUGACCAGAAUGUUUUAUGUCAAUCGUUCACAAAACUAAAUAGAGAAUACUGACUUUGAUCAUUUUGUUAACUAAGUUAUAUAAGUGGAGGACCGUCAUUAUUGUCGGAAACCCAUUCUGAUUUCGCUUAAAUCAGCUUGUCAUAUGCAAGUUUAUUAUAAUGUGUUAUAUGUAUCUAUGAAGAGUGUAUAUUGUGCAUAUAUAUUUGCCAGAUAUAUGAACAAAUCAGAAAUUAAGAUAUUUAUUAUAUCAUAACAAAUUCUUUAUCAAACUAUGUAAAUGUAUAAACUUAGCGUGUCUUUACAGCGGUCGACGCAAUUGUGUCAUAACAAUGCUGUUAUUUGUAAACAAAUUUAGUUUAUGUUACAUAAGCAAUGGAUAGCAUGUAGGAUAAGAAUGCCAACGAUUCGGGUUCGACUCCCGGUCAUGGUUUAUAUUCUGACUAGUUUUCAUUGCAAGGUCCUUUGCUUGAAUUGAUACUAUUCAAGCAAUAAUGGGCCAGACUUCAUGCUGGGGCGGUAAAAUAACACAUGUUGGUAUUAUCGAUACACACAAAUAUGUUCAUUGUAUGACAUAUAUUUAUUAUAUUUUCUGGGGUUUUUUCCGGGCCGUAGAAUUCAUUCAAUGUUUUUUUUUAUAUCUUGGCGGUUCGAGUUUGCUAUAAUUACUCUACAUGGUCGCGUUCUUUUUUUCAAAGGAUCUUUUUGUAGAUUAUUUUAUAUUGUUACUGUAAUGUAAUUGUUCGUAUCUUGUGCAUAAUAUAUAUUUAAACACUUGCAAAUAUUUGUAGCAGCCCAGAUGUUAGAUUAAAGAAAAGGAAGAUAACGGCUAAUGAUUUUUCAAAAUUGCAUUGCAUAUAAAAAUUAUAUGAGAAACAACUACAGGAAAUAUAAUUACUGUAAGAAGAAAGUAAUCUAGUGUUUCCUCACCAAUCAUAUCCCAAACAAAAAAAAUCAAGUAACAAAUGGUACCAAAAUCGUGAAUAAAUGGUGAACAAAUCGGAAUUUGCUGAUUUAUUAACACCAUUUGUUUACGAUUCAUUUCAUGAAUCGGAAGCAAAUCUGGUUUUGCAGAGAAAGUCCCUCCCCCAUUCAUUGCAGAUAACUGAUUUGUUCACCAUUCAUUAGAAACAGAUAUUUUGUGCAGUACCAUUUAUUACCGAAUCAUUAAAAAGUAAAGUUGUGACUUUUUUGGCGGGAAACACGAGUAUUGUCAGCCAUCUUUAAUGCAUUUUGGCGGGAUAACUGAAAUACACAGAGACACCACAUCCUCUAAAAUACUGGAAUUUUAACUGUUAUGAAGUAAGUGCAAAUGUUUGAUUGUCUAAUAUAGUUGUAAAAGGACAUGCUUAAGUGCAUACAUUAACUAUUUACACUAUAUUUGAAGCUGUUAAGUUUUUAGGAAAUAAUUACAAGAUUGACAUAUGUUUUCAUGACAACUUUAAAGAAAUUUUAUUAAUUAGAUCUGAUAUGCAUAAUGUUCUAAUAUGUAUCAUAUUUUUGAAUUUUGCAAUAAUUAUUGCUAUACUGUAAGUAGAAUCUAUAUAUUUCAUGUUGUUCUUUUCUUACUAGAACAUUUAGUUUGCCAUUUUUAUAGUUAUAUGCUACCCUUUCUAGAGAAUUACAAUUCGUCCUCAGACUUUUUGUACCCAUGCUUUCGUCCCUUAAAAAUAAUGCUGAGUUAUUAGUACGAUUCAUUACCGAUUCAUUAGCACGAUUUAUUACCGAUUUAUUAGUGCCCUGAUUUCCAAAUUCCUUUCAUUUCAACUUCAGCAUACCCGAUUUGUUACCGAUUCAUUAUUUAGCAAAACAAUUUAAAGUCCUGAUUUGUUACCGAUUUAUUAAAUGAUUUGUUUAUGCUGCGUUUACACUUAGCCACGAUGUCCACGAUGUCCACGAUUUAAAGAAAAGCUCGGAGCUCCACGAUUUAUUGCACGAAUUUUGUAUUACUACGCUUUCCUACGCUUUCUUACGCUCUCAGUACGUUUUGUUACUACCUGCAGCGUUUUAUUACGAAACCAUCACGAUUCUGGUCGAGAUCUGCCACGAUUUUCAUCACGUUCUCUGAAGUUCUCUUACGAUAUCCACGAAUUGCUAUCACGUUUUGUCACGUUCUGUUUAGAUCCCUCACGUUAUCACGUUUUGUUAAGCUCUCCUCCGAUUUAUGGCCACGAUUUGAUCAAGACUGUCACGUUUUCAGCACGAUUGAAGUAUAAAUAGGAGGCAUGGGUCAUCCUCUCAUUCUCUGCUGAGAUUCCAAAGAGGAACGAGCUAUGCAUCAAAGAGCUGAACAAUAUGCUGAAUUUGCAAUUUUCGUGUAUGCCUAUAACAGUUACUCGUCGACAGCAGCAACAAGGGACGGAACAGGGCAGGAUAGAAGGGAGAGGAAGGAGAAGAAGAAAUAGAAAGCCAAAGACCUGCUGGUUGAGACCAUAGUUAAGUGGAAACCGAAGGCACCAACUGGGACAAUACCCUCAACUUUUCAACACAGAACUAAGGCGUGAAGAUGUCGGCUCCAACGUCAACUAUGUAAGGAUGCCUCAAGGUCUAGUGGAACUUAGAAUCGUGUUUCCAAGUUCACCAAGAUCCCCAUACGAUGGAGCAUCAAGAUCUGAUGCGCUACGUUAAGGUCGGUUAAGCUGCAUUACGCUCUACAACGAUUUCCACGUUCUGUCACGCUCUCUUAAGAUCUAAGAUAAAUCGGGAUAAUCGUGGCAAAAUUUUUGACUCUCAAAAAUUUUGUCACGAUCCUUACGAUCAUCACGAUUCCAUGAAGUUCCCUUAAGAUCACCACGAUUCGAUCCCACGAGCCCCCACGCUCACCACGCUUCUCUCAAAUCGUGGACAUCGUGGACAUCGUGGCUAAGUGUAAACGCAGCAUUACGAUUUAUUACCGAUUCAUUAUGUCAUUUGCAUACCAUUUGAAUCGUGAUCAAAUCGUGAAAAAAUCACCCGAUUUGUUUACCAUUUAUUACAACGAUUCAUUCCAAUCUUUUUUUUUGUUUGGGAUCUAACUGGGCUAAAUGUAAAAGUAACUGCUUAUGUAAAGCUAUAUUCGCAAUGAAAUCAUGUAUUAAAGACGCCCGCUACAGUUUCGUAAUUUUUUUCUCAAUAAUAGAUUUUGAUGAAAUGUUUUGUAUUAAAAGAUCAUGUUAUGAUGUAUUGAAAAAUAAAACAAAAAUACUAGGUCACCGGCUUUGUUUCAAUUUAAUUUGCCCCAAGAUAUGGUGCUAUUUUAAACAUUUUUCAAAAUUUCUGUAAUCCUAAUAUAUAUUUUAGUAAAGUACAGUAAUCAGCAUAAAUUUGAUUAUCUAAGCAUUCUUAUUACGGAAAACAAUAUAUCUAUUUGAAACAUGCUCAGAGAAAUCAAAAGAACAUGAUUUUGUAAAAAAAAAGGAAUACUUGUUCAGCAGACCCAAGGGCUAUUUUUGCAUAUUUUUGUCAGUUUUAAGUUGGUACUUCUGCUAUUAAUUUUAUCUAGUUUCACAUAAUAGAAUUUAAUCAAACUCUGCACAUACCUUUGGUUAUGUCUACCUAAUCUAAAACAAAAAGAAAAGUGAUAGGUCACCAUAUUAGAUUUCGCUUAUAUCAAAUUACAACGAGAUGGGGUGUGGCGGGUAUUUAUACAACGCAGGUUGGCACGAAAUACUCUUUCAGUGUUUGAGCAAAUGACUUAGAAAUGUAUAUAUACAACUAUCAAACGGCAGAUUUCUUAAUAAUCGGAUUUUAAGGUGUUUCUGAAGCAUUUUGAUGGCAUAGAACGAUGAAAGUUUCCGCCUUUUUUUAACAAAACCUAUAAUUUACGAAUGUACGGUACGGGUACGGUACGGGAUUAGAAACAGCUGUGACUCAAUGCAGAGUUGGAGCGGUGGUAUAAAUAACAGACUCCAGUAUAUGUCGGAUCGAAGCAAUUUGAACUAAAAGAACUUUAAAUGUAUGUAUUUUGUAACCAUGCUAUGGUGAUACUUAUCCUAACCUUUAGUCAGUAUAUUAUACAUUUUGUACAUUAAAUGCAUGCAAACAUACAAUAAUUUGCGAAUUUUGCCGUACGCGACAUUAGAUAAUCACUUCCGGGCAUGCGCAGAAGACCGCACCAACACUGCAGUGAGUUACAUCGAAACCAAAUUGGCACGGUGUUGGGGUAAAUAUCGACCCGUCCGGAAAAACUGUAGUGAGUGCCUUUAAAACACAGUAGAACAAGUUUAUAUUGUACUAUAUUCACCAAAUGCACAGGUUAUUCACGGUAACAUGUGUAUUUUGUGUUUACACAGAUGCUGUGGAGUAUUUGUCAACUGUUUUACAUACAUAUUGCAGCUUUAAAGAAAAAUAUUUGAUUUUUUCUUUGUUUCAUGAUUUUCUGAUUCUACCUGUAUUUAAAAGUCCUUCAAAAAUAAAUUAAUCGAUAGUUCUAUCUUAGACAUUGCACAUUGUUGAUGUUAUAUGCCGUUACAACACAACGAUAUUUGUUUACUUUUUGACACACCAGAGGAUAAAUCAUUGGUUGUACGUAUGUAUGUAUAUUUAAGAAUUUCCAAAAUUUUUCCCUUGAUUCUUGGUCUGUCCUGUUUAUUGAAAGUUAUCGAAGGCUUUAAUUCAAUGUGUCUAAAAAAACGUAAGCAUAAAGUAAAAUUUUUACAAAACAAAAUAUUUACAUGAUAUUUUUAUAACUUUAGUCGAGUGCAUAAUACACUACAAUGAAAAAUCAUAUGAUAAUAACACACAUUCAAAUGAUUUAAAUUGUAAUUAUAAUGACUUUUUUAUUGACGAUGUUUCCUCAAGUGACUUAAUAUAUUGUCUUUUUUCUGUUGGGUUUAAUGUCAUACCGACACAAUUAUAAGUCAUAUGGCGACUUUCGAGCUUUUGGUGGCGGAGGAAGACCCAAGGUGCUCCUCCGUACAUUACUUCAUCACGAGUUGAGUAAAACUACCGGUCGGCCGUUAGCCAGCUGGAUGGUUUGCUCACAAAAGAGUUAGAUGCCUCGAGCGAGGUACAAACCCACAUCGGUGAGGGGCAAGUGGUUCAAAGUAGGCGACCUUUAUCACUCUGCCAAGCAACUUAUACGCAUGUGCGACUUUAUAUUUAGAAAACAUCUUGCGCGCGUCACUAUCCUAUUUUAGUAAGUUUUUUUAGCAAUCACCAUGGUCUUUUUAUUAGGCUUGCUCCAGCAAAAGAUAAAUAGAAAUCAAGUUAUAUGAGAUCAAUUCUGAUAUAGCAUUCAGUGCUAUUACGAAAAUAAUUCAACGACUGGAAGUGAUGUCAAAAAGUGACAUCAAAACAUAAAAGACCUCCUAAAACUUUAUACCAGUACUCUUGGAAGGGUCUCGUUGAGCAGAUUUAGAAAAUGUAAGGCUUUAUAGAUCUAUUUCUUUCCUCUUUUAGGUAUUCGAAUCAGAAUAUGUCAACAUAAGUCACUCAAAUAUAAAAUGUUUUUCACCUUUAUUGCUCAAGAGAAUAUCUCCAUGUGUUUGGUGCCCUACGGAAUGGUUUGAAAAUGUCUGUAAGUUCGCAGUGUCCAAAUGGAAGCAAAAUUAUUCGUACGUAAAAUACAAUUCUUCAUCCCUAAAGUUCGAUUGUAGACGUGAUGUGGUAUCACAAGAAAGAUUUUCAAAUGGCCUGUGGCCUCUAUUCUGUUAUGUCUAGAUAUGAUUACAACUAGCGGGUAAUAGUUAUUAAUGAUAUGUACAAUAUUGUAAAUAGACUACUAUUAUUGGAUUUCGAACAUGGGACCGUGACGUAGUUCCAUACGUUAAAGGGCAGUCACGGCAGCUCAAUGACCGAAAUCGAAUUAUAGCUAUAAAGUUAAGUUAUUAACCAUGUUUAAAUGUUGAUUUCACUGUACAGUAUGAUUUACAAUUUUUCAUUUAACACAUCUCUUCUGCUUAUAUUUGUUAACUAAAUGCUUAUAUUUCGUUUCGAUAAGCUUUUGAAACUUAACAAAUUCGCAGAUUUUACGAAUCGUGUGAUGCAAUUACUAUUCCUCACAUAUGUAUACAUGUUUCUGUUACUAUUAUAUGUAGAUAUAAUAUACAUAUGUGUUUGCAUCUCAUUUAUAAUUGGAAUUGAUAUUCAAUAUUCAUCUUAAUAUGCAUUUGUUAUUUGUACAUUGAACUUAUAUUGUACCUAUUGUUUUGUACUUAUGCUUUGUAAAUUGAAAUGUUAUAUUAUAAUAUGUACUCUUCAAUCUUUGGAGGCAGUAAAGAUAUCUAUCUACA